AAAAAAUCAGAGGUGGGUGGGGCAGAUGUAGAAAAGAGGAUGUUUCUCUGGCCAAUGGGGCUGCAGGAAAGCAACUCUGUCAAUGACAUGAAGUCACUUUCCCCGCCCCAGAGUGUAAAACAGUCUGGCUCUCAGUGACAGCUCAGACAAUAUGCUUAUGAGAAGCACAGGAGGAGUAAAUCCCCAAGAGUUUUCACACACACUCAUGGUUGAGAUGGCUCAUUGAAAACUGACCCUCUGUGGACGGACUUAUUUCUCUGUGUGGACCCUGUACGCAACUGCUGAGCAAACAUGAGCAAACUUGCAAAAGCUCUGUAUGACAACACUGCAGAGUGUGCAGAUGAGCUGGCCUUCCGAAAAGGGGACAUCGUCACAGUGAUGGAUCAAAAUGUGGCCGGCACCAGUGGCUGGUGGAUGUGUUCUCUUUAUGGCCGGCAUGGUCUUGCCCCUGCAAAUAGACUGCAGCUUUUACCACAAACUGGAACCACUGCAGGCUCCCUAAGCCAUGACACAGAAAAAACCAAACCGACUGAUGCUAAAACUGACAACAGCGUGCAAAAUAUCUACCAGAUACCCAGUGUUCCCCGACCCUCCAGCAGUCCAGCCUACGAACGCAUGGACAUGAUCUAUAAAGUUCCAUCCACUCCUUUAUCAUCUUCAAAAAAUCCAGUUCCAUCAGCACUCCAGCACAGCACAGAGGGACCUGAGGCAAACAUGCCUUCAUUCUUCAGCAUGGUGUCAGGUCCAAAAGGAGAAGUUUACGAUGUCCCAAGCCAAGCAAGAAGAGCUUCUGUUUUUACUGCAUCAACAACUCCCAGACAUAGGCCACGAAAAAAUUCGCUGCUUCCAAUUUCCCAGCUGGAGAAAAGAUUUGAUUCUCCAGAGAGUUCAAGGUGUGGCAGUUCAGGGGACUCUUAUGUGUAUGCAGUUCCACCACCUUUGCCUCAGGACCCUAACUAUGAUAUCCCGGUUCCCUCAGCCAAAGAAGCCCCACAGAAAGGGAUUGCUGGAUUCAGCACCCUACCCAACCCCCGCAAGCCUGAGUGGAUUUAUGAUGUGCCCGUGGGUCCCGAGAAACAAAGCCCACCCCAAGGCUGCUAUGAUACCAUGCCCUCCAAAGCUCAUGCUUGGCCCAUUCAAAGAGACAGUACACCUUCCUCACUUUAUGAUAUACCAAAGCCCAGUGCUGUUGACGUCCCGAGUCCACCCAAAGUGCUGCCAAGGGUUCUGAUUUAUGACAAGCCCCCAACUCAGAGGCUCACAGAUGAGUUGGGUGUUUGUGACCCCCCCAAUAGUCAUAUACCUCUAGAGUGCCGGAGUGACUCAAGCAAUGCUCAUGAACUCAAAAGGGUGCGUCUUCAGCGAAUGAGGAACUUCCUGGCCUGCACAUCUUUCCGUGACCUUCCAGAAAGUGGGGAGUUGUUGGCACAGGAGGACAGUGAGCAAGGUAGAAUCUUACGUCUCUCUGUAGCAGACAGUCAAAGAAUCAGUACAGCUUCCAGCUCCUCCACCAGUUCCUGUGACUCUCUGGCUCUGAGCUCCUCUUCUCCCGAGCCUCUGCGAGAAGUGACAGUAAACCAGGAUGUGGCCUGCCGCACACUUCUGGACCUGCAGGAGUGCAUUUGCAGGGCUGUGCCAUGUCUCAUGGAAUUUGUGAGCAGUAACUGGAGAAGCAAGGGACAUCUGGAGAAACACCUAAAGGAGAUCAAAGAUGCAGCAGAGGGGAUUGCAUGUUCUCUGACGUCCUUCCUGAACUUUGCUCUUGAUGUUAAGGGCAAUGCUCGCCGUUUGACUGAUACCAACCUUCAGACAAGGCUCUAUAAACAGUUGUCCAUUGUAGAAGACUCAGGUGUGAUCCUUCAGCAAACAGUAGGUGCUCUAAACAUGGCUGGCUGGCCUCUCAACACACUUUGCCAAGACCCAGGGCAGGUCCAGACACCGGACCAACUGGAGCGCUUUGUUAUGGUGGCACGCACUGUUCCAGAGGAUGUCAAACGUCUGGUGUCAAUCAUCAAUGCCAAUGGCAAACUUUUGUUUAAAGCCCCUCAGAAAGAUCCAGAACCUCUCAACACCACAGGUCAGCCAGAGACAAAGAACAGUCCUGAUGGAAAUGAACAAGGAGGGGACUUAGAGGAGGACGACAAUGACUAUGUAGAGCUACAGACUAAGAAUGACUUUGCGAAGCAGCACAAGGAAGUGCAGAGAGAACCAAAAACUAAUGCCACACCAGUCUCCAACAAGGCACAGGCUGACAACAAACGUCACUCCUUUGAGUCUGGCAGCGGCACAGAGGAACUGAGGUCAUCCUCCCUGUCAGAGCAUUGCCGGCUUUACUUUGGUGCUCUCCAAAAGGCCAUUGGGGGAUUUGUGGUCAGCCUUCAAGAUGGCCAGCCACCAGAAAAAUUCAUCUCACAAAGUAAGCUGGUGAUCAUGGUGGGCCAAAGACUGGUGGACACCCUGUGCAGGGAGGCCCAACGUACAGGCUCCAACCAGAACCUUCUGUGUAAGAGCAACCACCUUUGUGCUCUCCUGAAGCAACUGGCUGUGGCCACCAAGAAGGCUGCACUGCACUUCCCAGACAGGGAGGCUCUGCACGAGGCUCUAGAGUUUGCCAAAGAACUGGCCCAAAGAGCACAGCACUUUCGGAUAUCGCUUGACCUCUGAGAGUACUCAUACCAAGCAUGUUGAUUUGUCUGUACAGCAAAAGACAUUGUUUUAUUCAUCAGUCAUUUAUCAGUUUCCUUGUCUUUCAGCUGAUAAGCAAUUAUUUUCAAGCAUCACUGCUUUUUGCUCAAUGUUAUCAUGAUAAAUGUAGGUAAACUGUUAAUAAUGCUAGAAAAAGUUGCUGGAAUGAGCACAACAAUUAGAAUAUCAAGCUGUGUUUGUGCUAAAGUAAAAGACUUCAACAUAGUGGAAUUUGAAAAUUGCACAUUUGGGAUACUGUACUCAAGUCAGUAUUAAAAUGCAGUUAUAAAUAUAAAGUAUAAAAUAUAGUUUGUUUUAUAUAAUUUACAAUGAUUUUAUAUUCUCUGAAUAUUGUUUGUUAUAUGGAUGUUUUAAGUAUUUUAUUACUUUGUUGUGUAAAAUUUACAUUCUACAGGGUAAUAAUUUGAUACAGUCUACUUUUUGUGAAUAUCUGUGUAAAUAUUCUAAAAAAAACAUGUUAUGCAUUCCCAAACUUUUCUUAACAAAAACUGAGUACAACACAUGUUGGAUUUUUAAUGACAUUAAAAUUAGAAACUGAAAACUCUUUGUCGUUUGGUUAAUGAAUAUCAGAUGCAUGCACGAAGAAAACAGUACUUAAUCUGCAAGGAUAUUUAUUUAACUGUCACAGAUAUAUAAAUAAUAUGCAUAAUAAUAAUGCACAAUAAUAUAAACGUGAAAGGCCAGUUUACUAGUCACAAAGAGUGGAGUUUGUCAAACAGUUUAACUGAUUUCUGAGCUUCAAAAUCUUCUUGCAAUCAAUUACAAACUGGGGGCAUGGAGUUGGAAAGAUGUGGGUGUUUCCAGUAAAGGAGGAUUUAAGAUGUCAAAGGUUGCAAUAUGGAAAAUGGAAGAUUGAUU